CCGGAGGCAGCGCUGCUCCCCGCUCUGUCUCCCUCAGACGGCGGACUGGACGUGGCGUAUGUACCGAUGGCUCCCCUUCCCUCCGACCGCCCCGUGAUGUUUGCGCGUGUUCCGGCUUGUUGUCGCCUCCUCGCCGGCGGUGAGUCCGGACAGACCGACUGACGGUGGAUGUGAGACCCCGGCGAUGCUCGGCUUCCUGCUCCGAGGGCUGAAGGCGAUUUAAAAGCCCCUCCGUCAGAGAGCCGACUGAGCUUUUCCAUCCUGUCCUGAAUCGCGCCCAGUUCCUCGAUGGGUUCCCGUAGCCAGAGUUUCUUCCACCACCACCACCGCAGCUCCAUGAUGCCCGCCACCGUGCCAAGGCUGCUGCCGGAGAGCGGGAGUCUGCUGGGGGGCAUCGCCCAAAUCACCCCAAACCUCUUCCUCAGUAGAGGCAACGUGGCAUCCAACCGCAGCCUGCUGCUGUCUAAGGGCAUCACCUGCGUGGUCAACGCCACCAUCGAGUUGCCAAACUUCAACUGGCCGCAUAUGGAGUACGUGAAGGUCCCCCUGGCAGACAUGCCCCACUCCCCCAUCUCCUUGUAUUUCGACAGCGUGGCCGACAAAAUCCACAGCGUGGGGCGCAAGCGAGGGGCGGUGCUUGUGCACUGUGCAGCAGGGGUGAGCCGCUCGGCCUCGCUGUGCCUGGCGUACCUCAUGAAGUACCACCGCGUGUCUCUGGCCGAGGCCCACGCUUGGGUCAAGGCCCGCCGUCCCGUCAUCAGACCCAACGGCGGCUUCUGGCGCCAGCUGAUCGAAUAUGAGAGGAAGCUGUUCGGCAGGAACUCUGUUAAGAUGGUGCAGACGCCCUACGGGAUCAUACCUGAUGUUUACGAGAGGGACCGCAGGACCCUCGCUCCUUACUGGGGCCUGUGAGCAUCUGUGCUGUCCGCAGUGAGGGAUAAAGGUGGAAAGCGAACCCCUUUUUUUUGUCCCGCCUGAGCUGCAGGUUUAGGCCUGUUCUCAUCAGGUGAAGUGAGAUGUGUGAGUGUUUUUGUUUCUGAAGCAUAUUUACUGAUAAUGAACAAAGGAAAUUUGAUGGCGCUGCUCUCUAGUCUUUGAGUUGGGAGCAAAGCGACUGAAAACCCGGAAUCUGUCGAACCAGAUGAUCAUUGGGUAACAUGGAUGUUCUGGACUGAACGCCCAGAGCUCAGAGUGGUCGGAUGGUACUGUGGUGUGUUUCCCGGUGUGUUUUCCCACUUCUAGAGGAGACGAGCACUCUGAGGGCGGCGGGUCCACGUGCUCGAACCUCUGCAGUGCCGACAGUGAUGUCCCUUUCCUGACGUGGUGUCAUGUGGUGAUAUUGUGUCAGUUUCCCAGUAAUAUUUAAUGUGAAGGGCAGCACCAUGCUCUGAAUUCAUGGUAGCAUUAAAGAAAAGUGUGCAGAAAAAUAACGCAGUAUAUCACAAUGUACUGGUAGUGGAACGGAGGCUUACGGCGCACUUUAUCCAAACAUUCAAAUCUGUUCCAUCUAGCUUUUUACAAAGGAGAAAUUUGAAAAUGUGUAAGCUAGAAAUGAAGGUUUAGUGAAAGCUCCUGUGUAACACAGGGUUGACUGUUCCGUCCUGUGACCACACUAUGUUAUUGUAGUGCUACUUGAUGCUCCAAUAAAAAAAAUAUCUGCUGCUUUACUUGGA